AGACUAGUUUACUCUCCACAACUGAAACAAAAACCGUUAUCACUCUCUCGCUCUGUAUAAAGGCGGGAAAACGAUUCUCCUCUCUCACUCGCUGAUCAAUGCAACAACCACCAUUACUUCACACUCCAUCGUUCAUUUGCUUACAAUCUCUGCUCUGAAUUCAUAACAAACUCAAAUCAACCUCAAGCGAUCAUUGUGUAUAGGAAAAAUGAGGCCAGCGGUGAAAGCUAUAAUCGUCAUUGUUUUCACCUCGACUCUCAUCCGCUGCGUUUGUGGUGCUAACCACACUGUUGGCGGCGCUUCCGGCUGGGAUAUCAUUUCCAAUAUGCAGGACUGGUCUUCCACUGCCACCUUCAAUGUCGGCGAUGAUCUCGUAUUCUCCUACACGCCGUUAUACGAUGUGGUGGAAGUGAACAAACAAGGUUACGACACGUGUACAAUAGCAAACGCCAUAGCCAUUGAUAACACCGGCGAAACAGUGAUCCAUCUCACCGAUAACAGAACCCGUUACUUUGUCUGUGGGAGAAUGCGCCAUUGCAAACAAGGCCUCAAACUCAAAGUCCAAAUUCAGGCCCAACCCAAAAACAACAACAACGGAACCAAUAACAAUCAAAACCAACCCGGCAACGGUGGGCAAAAACCAUCUCCUCCGCCGCGUAAUCUUCCACCGCGUAAUGCUCCACCACCAAGUUAUCAUUCUCCUCCUAGUCCUCCUCCAGAUGUACCUGCUGAAAAGCCUUCCGGUGCAGAACCAUUGAUUACACCUGUAAUCAUCUUAGCUUUCGCUUGGUUAUCUUGGUACUUUACCGUUAAUCAUCUCAUGGUUUAUGCUUUUUUUUUGUUUUUUUGAUAACCCUCUUGGUUUAUACCUGAUGCUUUCAGCUGUGUAUGUUUCUUGUUUUUAGUCUUUCAUAAAGCCAUAUUCUUCAGUGGAUAUAGAUUGUGAUUUUGGUUAGUAAAUUCUGUACAUACCAAAGUCAAUCAUGACCUUGUGUUGAUAAUUUGAGAUUCUUGUCUACUGUGAAUUUGUUUUGUUCUAGUAAAUUCUGUAUACUCAAUGUGAGAGUUUGUUUGUAAAA